AUGCUGGAGGAAGCAAUACCGUCGAUCUGGGCGUUGGUCCACGGCUGGCUCACUCCCACCGUCCUUUUCAUUCUGGUCAACCUCGUCAUCGGCACCAUCGCCGUCACCUCCAAGGGAAUCCGCGGCGACGCCGGCGGUGGCGGCGAACCUCGCAACCUUUCCCGCGCCCCCUCCCUCGUCCUCGAUCGCCUCCGCUCCUUCAACCUCUACCGCUACCGCUCCGGCGACGUCCCCAUCGAGAGCGCCGCCGGGUCCGAGCCACUCGAAACCCUCCAUGCCUCGCCGGAUCGCGCCGUCUCCGACUACCGCUCCCGCUCCGGAGACAUUCCCCUCGAGAGCGCUGCCGGGUCCGAGCCACUCGAAACCCUCCAUGCCUUGCCGGAUCUCGCCGUCUCCGACUACCGCUCCCGCUCCCGCUCCGGAGACAUCCCCCUCGAGAGCGCCGCCGGGUCCGAGCCACUCGAAACCGUCCAUGCCCUGCCGGAUCCCGCCGUCUCCGAGGCCGCGGAGGCGAUCCACGCCGUCUCCGAGGCCGCGGAGGAGCACCACCAGUUCAGCCAGAUCCAGUUGGACGCGCGCCCGACGGUGGGGGAGGCGCCGGUGAAGCUGGCCGCGAAGAUGAAGAAGUCGGCGAGUGACGAGUCGAUGUUCGCGCACAUCGAGGCCGAGGAGGCGGAGGUGGUUCCUCGGCCGGCGACGGUGAGGCCGAGGACCGGGCGGCAGGAGCCGAAGGCGGAGGAGGAGGAGGACGACGCGGGAGGGGAGGUGGACGCCCGCGCCGACGACUUCAUCAACCGGUUCCGGCAGCAGCUCGAGCUUCAGCGGCUCGACUCCAUCGUGAGGUACAAGGAGAUGCUCAACCGUGGGGUUGGAAAUCGAAUUUAG